AUGAGAAUCAUCGUUUCAGAGAAAAGAAGAAGACGAGAAAAAUGGCGAAAAAAGUUGGAAAAAAAAGACGACGUCGACAACAGCAAUAUUAGGAAACAGAAACAUCAAAAAGGAUUUUCCAGUGUAGAUGUAACAACAAAAAGUGCUGUUGCUCAAUUACAUCAAUGGCAACACCAGCAACAACAGCAAAAACAACGACAACAAAUAAUAUCAUCAACAUAUUUACGUAGAAGUAUUUUAAAUUUUAUAUCAUCACAAGGAAUGAAAUAUGUUUUACUAGAUAAGAAGAAAACUCCAACUUGUCAAAAUUGUAUGAGUAUUCAUUGGUCGUUUAUCUCAUCGCCGUUAUCUGAAACAGAAAUAUACGAAUUAGAUUUAUCAAGGGACAAAUGUCACAAACCAUGUAUUGUACCAAAUGUUAUUAUAGAUGGGGAUUAUGUGAUGUUUCAUCCUAGAAGAAGUUCGUCAACAUGUGUUCUACUUGGAAAUUCUCCAUUACCAUCAACAGGAAGAUAUUAUUGGGAAUUAUAUAUACCAUCUGUUUAUGGAACAUCAAUUAUGUUUGGAGUAGCAACUAAACAACAAAAAUUGUCAUCUGUUGGCUUUAAAGAUUUAAUUGGAUCGGAUGAAAAUGGUUGGGCUCUCUCUCAUAACGGUUAUCUAUGGCAUAAUGGUACCUGUAAACGAUAUAUGAAAUCGUUGCAACCAUUACAAUCAGCAUUAAUUGCACUCCAUUAUGACAGUGACAAUGAUACACUGUCCUAUACAAUCAACGGUGAACAUUGUGGAAUUGCGUUUAAAUCAUUGAAAAGUAACAAUAAUGGUCUCUUAUAUCCGGCAAUAUCAUCAACAUCAGCUCAAAGUGUCGUUAUAUUAGGUCAUCGGUGUAAAACAUGUUCAACAUUAAAAGAAAAUUGUUUGAGAAAACUUAAAAGGAUAAUAGUUGAACAGGACAACAAUCAAUUUGAUUUACCAAAACAUUUAGUUCAACAGUUAGAUAACGUAAGAUAG